UAGAUUCAUUAAAGAGCGCACUCACGCCUCUUGUGAAGGCUUUAAGAAGGAUGAACGGGGCAAUUUUCUGGACCCGGACGCAGUGUUGAAGCACCUAAGGGAGAUGAGGCCUGAGUUGGACCUGUCCAGUAGUGUGAAGCUGUAUGAAGAGAUACGUGUUCGAAACAUUGCAGCCGCCAAAGCAGCAAGACCGACCGCGACAACACCAGCAAAGACGACCUCAGUCCAAAAGAGCCAGUCGGUACCACCGCCUCCAGAGCCCUCGGAUUCGCAGACUCAAACUGUGCAGCAGCCGCUUACAUUACAGCAUGUCAAAUCUGCAGAGACUACUCAGACUGAUAGUCCCGCACCGCCAGCACAUUCGCCACAGAUAAAUGGCUUACUGAAUGCACCGCCUACGCCCGAUACUUCCGGUGUAGACACAUUCGCAACUGGCGACGAUAUACUGGCAAAGAAACUGAAGCAGCUGCAAUUUUCCACUGAGAAGAAGCAGUCUAAGGCCCAAACGAGUGGCCCACCAUCAGCUCAACGGACAGGCCCGGACUUCAAUGCCACCGGCAAGCUUGUCAAGAUUCGAGAAGCCAGAGCGGAUAUAUCAGCGCCCUCGAGUGCAGUCGAGCGAAGUAUCCGUCAAGCACCACUACUUGCCGCAAGUAUUGUUGCUGAGCACUACAAAAACCUUGUACCACAAUAUGGUCUCCUGGGCAGUUUGGAGGAGGAAGAUGAUACGCCUGACGACUCUCAAUUAUUCUUGAACACGAACGUGCCCUUCUCGGCAUUCAUUUGCGGUGUUCAAGGCAGUGGCAAGAGCCACACAACAUCCUGCAUUCUUGAGAACGCAAUCAUAGCUUCGUCACAUCUUGGCCACCUCGAAAGCCCUGUCUCAACGUUGGUCUUUAGCUAUGGUGAAUGGAGCAGUGGUGGUGCGGGCUUCAAUAUCAGUGAAUCGACCUUUCUCGGAGCGUCCCAUACGGGGUUCCCGGAUCAUCACGUCAAGAAGGUCACCGUGUUGUACUCGCCGUCCAAUCCAGCCAUUAAGAGAAUGUACGAGCGCCUUCCGAACGUCCAAAUGCUACCAUUUCGUCUGAAAGCGAAGACACUGGAUAUCGGCGUCCUACAUACGUUGAUGGCUGUUGACGAAAAGUCCACCAUGCCGCUGUACAUGGCGACUGUAGAGGCGAUUCUACGCGACAUUGCGUCCAAAAGUGCAGACUGCUCCUUGGAUUAUCUCGAGUUCAAGCGCAGACUUGCAAAAGAGAAGUUCGAUCAGACCCAAACAAACAUGCUGAAGAUGCGCAUGAACCUGCUCGAGUCGUUUCUGGAUCUCGACGGAACAGCACCUGUCCCUGACUUCAAUCAGGGAGAAGUCACCAUCAUUGAUCUGUCUGAUCCUUUCCUCACCCCAAGCACAGCUUGCAUCCUCUUCAAACUUGGACUAGAGCAGUUUCUGCAGUCGAGCGCGCCCGGCAAGAUGGUGGUACUGGACGAGGCUCACAAGUACAUGUUGAACACUUCCGGUGCAAAGAUCCUCACCGACUACCUUACACGAGUCAUUCGUUUACAGCGCCACCAAGGUGCCCGAGUUGUGAUAUCGACACAGGAGCCCACCAUUGCAACAGACCUCAUCGCACUAUGUUCAGUGAUCAUUAUGCACCGUUUCACGAGUCCCACGUGGUAUGCUGCGCUCAAAAAGCACAUCAAUGCUGUAGAGGAUGAUUGGAACAUCAUGCAGCGGAUCGAGGCCUUUGACACUGGAGAAGCGCUUGUUUACUCGCCCAACGCAGUACUGGGGAGACACGAGGACGGAAGCUUGAUCAAGGCUACUGGAAAGUUGAUGAGGGUGAAUGUCAGGAACAGGGUAACGCUGGAUGGAGGAGCGUCUAUCAUGGCCGUGUAGUCAAUCCGAGAGCGCUCGGGGUGUGUACAAAUUCAUUGUGAUCUUGAAUAAUCCAGUCAUC